GGUCAUUGUUUACCUAACGUCGAAAUUCGUCCUCUACACGAUGCUGAAAACCGCAAGUCGCUAGCGCUUUUCGUUAAAAAGUUAUUCAAAAAGCAACCGAGUGCCAACCAUUUUGAAACGGAGAGUAUUUUGUGUUUGAUAUCAAACCAAUUUAUCACUCGUUCCAAAUGUUUUUUCACUCUAGAUGCAAAAUGUCGACCAUAAAAUCGACGAAAACUUAACACUUUUGACACGGACACAUAACGAUCAGUUGUAUAGUGGACGGUGAUGACGAGAAAACUGUGAUAUUUUCCGCUUUUCCAUGCGUCAGCUGUCAAUGAAAUGAACGGCUGCCUUGAUAAAUCUUGUUUGAGCUGUGCACAUUUUGAUUUGUACAUAGUUAAUAUUCUUGAACGAACUUGAUGAGCCGACGGACCAUAAUAACCUAUGGAUUAGUAAAAGAUUUACAUCAAAUGCACUUUGACAGUGUUAACAUACCGGGAGCAAUAGUACUCGUGAUAACUCAUUAGCACUCGUGAUUUGUAUGAUUCGUAUAACAAUGCAUGUUUUCGAUGUAUAUGGCUCAAAUGGCGACGUGUAUUGAUUGUUGAACCAAGACCUUCUCGGAUCAUCUGGAAACAAAUCAGUACGUUAACGAAUGCACAGCGACUCCUAAAACUUUACGUACUUUGUUUGAUAUACACAAAUUGCAUUUUAUCGUUCGACUAUCAAUGCGUGUUGUAUAUUCAAAAACUGGAGAAUUUUUUUUUUGAUAUCUUUGAAUUUAUUAUAAAUUAUAAAAUAAAUUAUAAAUUGUCUAUAUAGAAUUAUACGUUAACUUGUAUUGAUUUGGGAUUAGACUAGUCGAAAUUAGAAAUGUCUUUAGAAAAAAUAUAUAUGAAAUAUAUUAUACGCAGGCAUAAUAACGAAACGUUUUUGGGUUUUGUUAUUGUUUAAGUUAUUUUUGAAUUUGAAAUCUCCCGUGUCCUAACUCGUCUUCAGAUCGAUUUGAUCGAUAUGCGUACUCGACCUGAUUGUAUUUCUAGUGACGUUGUGUAUCAAUGGAUAUUGCAUUGCAAAAAUCAUUACUCAAAAUAUUCAUGGGCUCACCCGUUGGUCGAUAAAUCAGCUGGUGGUGUUGCAAAAAGAUUGAUUUUUAAGAUUGAAUUGUUUUUUACAUGUAGUCCAUAUUAAUAUUAAUAGAAAAAAGACCAACACUUCACCUUGUGAUACCUUAUUGACUGUGAUCCAGUUAUUGAUUAAUCGUUCAGCUAUUAAUGAUGAUGAUACUUCUCACACAACUCCACUGAAGAAGUUUAAUGCAAAACAUGUAAUAGAUUAUUGGGCACUUCCAGAUGUUCAUUAUCUUGCGACCAUGUUGCAUCCAAAUUUAAAAAGUUUUAACCAUACACCCGACAAAAAAUUAUAUGCUGAAAGUUUAUUGAAAAUCGCAUUUAAUAAACUGCCACUAUUAGAUACAAAUGUUCAAGAUGAAACAAAAACGAAAGAUGGUAAAAAGCUAGUCAAUCCAAUACCAAAGACGCUUAUUGACCCAUUAGAUGAAAUAUUUGAUAAACCGAUGGUAAAAGAUAAUUUGGUGAAACCAGCAUCAUCCAAAACAGAAUUAGACUUAUAUUUAUGUGAUGAAACAAAAAUUGAAAAAGAAACAAAUAUUUUCAAUUAUUGGAAAUUGAAUGAAACUCAAUAUCCUAUAUUAGCUCAGUUAGCUAAACAAAUACUUUGCAUUCCUGCUAUAAAUACGGCCAUUGAACGUUUAAAAUCCUGUACUUGCUACGGCGAAAAGUUACUGAUUAGCAGUUAUUUUAACCCAUUUUUCGUUACAGUGGAUUUCUAA